AUGGUGUCCGUCCAAAACAACCCUCGUCCUCUCACAAUCGGCUUUGCCGGGACCGAGAAGGAGAAGGUCGCCUCUCUGCGCCUGAUCGCCGACAGCAUCGCCCAGCAACGACAGACCGCCGCCAAAGCGCUGAUCCUGCAUCCUCUCUGGCUGGCGACGGUCGUCCUCUGCCUCGCCGCCAGCUACUACGUCCUCCGCCUCCAUCAUAACGACUGGCCCGCCAUCAUCAUGACCUGGACCGGAUGCGUCAUGACGGGUCUCGCGGUAGUGCGAUACCUAACCGCCUCAUACCUCUCGCAGGCCGAGCAAACAGGGACGUGGAAAUGGCUCUACGAAGGCUCGGGACACGCUGCGGGGUCCCGCGUCGGCGCCCGCGACCACAUUCUCGUCACGAAGCUUGGCCCCGAAGUGAUUGGGGCGCUGGUGCUGCGACCCGUGUUCACGUCGGCGGGGAUUGAGCCCCAUAUCCGCGGGGCGAGACACUUCGUGCGCGGCCAGGACAUGUACUUCCCCGUGGGCGUGAUCCGCGCGUGGACGGUGCAGCGACGAUAUCGCGGGGAAGGCGUCGGACGGGAGCUGUUGGAGCGGGCGGUGAUGGCCUGUCAGGCACAGGGAUGGGGAGAGCCGAUCUUUUCGCAGAAGCAUGCAAAUGCGGCGCAGGGGGUGGCCAAGUCGGCGUUUGCCAAGGGAGACGACAAGGCGAGGAAGUUGUUGGAAACGAUUAUCAAGGCCAGGCGGUAG